GCUCUCGUGUGCUUCACUAUCAGAGACACGGAGCUGCGCAAGGAGCUGGCAGAGGAGUGCAAGGAAGCCAACAUAGCAGCUGUAGACCUCCUGGGGGACCUUUCGGAUGGACUAUCGCACUUUCUCGAGCUGACGCCCAUCAAGGAUUCGGAAGAUCAGGUCGAUGCUCUUCCCCAGCGCAAACCUCUGUCAUCGGGUUACUUCAAGAGGAUUGAAGCUGUGGAUUUCGCCAUCAAGAUGGAUGAGGGAUCGUUCCCUGAGAAUUAUCACAAGGCUGACCUUGUACUUGUUGGCGUCAGCCGAGUACAGAAAACUCCCUUAGCCAUGUACCUUUCACAGCAGUUCGGUCUCAAGGUGGCCAAUACCAAGAUUGUGCUGGACUGCCCAGUGGAGCCCGAGCUGCUCAAGAUCGAUCCGAGGAAGGUGUUUGCGCUGACUUGUCAAGCGGAUUAUCUGCUGAAGAUGAGGAGGAGGAGAGUCAUGAUGGUGGGUCCAGGACACUCAGACACUGAGUACGCGAGCAUGGAAUACAUCCGGACGGAGCUCGAGUACGCUGAUUCAAUCUACCGGCAGAACCCGGAGUGGAAUCGAAUUGACAUCACCGGGCUCUCGGUGGAGGAGGUGGCG